GGACCUUUACUGGCAGCACGCGACCGGCCUCUGGAAGAAGGUCCUUGACGGCCUCAACGAAGGCCGAGCAGCGAGCGUCAAGGCGGAAUUGUCCGGCGACCACUGCCAGGAAGCUGCUCCCAAGGUGAUUGGUCGUCUUUUGGAGGACCUUUCGGGUUCUCAACGCGGCGUUGCCAGCAGCGCAGACCCAAAGACUUGCGGCAGCUGUGCUGUUGCGACUCUGGUGGACGUCCUGCUGCGGCUCAUCGGGGGCUUCGAUGCCGCACUGAGCUGGGAUGGAGUCCGCGCAGCCGUCCGUGGAGGAGAGACCUGAAGCCGUUCGAGCGCGUGGUGUUGGCGGGGCUGUUUCUGGUCGCGUAGAGGAGCCAUUGUUCCAGACGGAGGAAUCGAAGCAGACUGCGAAGCAGCAUGAGGUGGCCGACAGCAAAGCCGCGCGUGCUGCAGGAGGAGACUGCGAGGACGGACGCGACGCAAGUUCCGACGACGCAUACUGGGCAUCAGAUCAAUGGGACCCUGAUGAGCGAGUGUAUGUUGGUGCAGAGACGGCGCUCCGCGAUUACAUCUCAGAGCUUGCAGUUUCUUUUCUCAUGUUACAUCAGAUCGUACAGUUGCUCCCUCGUUCGCAGUGCCGUGCUCGGCGUCCUCCAAUGACAGCUGCUGCCAUGCAACAUAGCCAAUCCGAGAAUUACAGCAGGCCAGCAUGCGUGGGCCAUGUUCGUGAUACACCCUUGGAAGCUAAAUUCCGUAUCCG